GCAACUUUACGCUGUGAUCGCCACCACUAAAUCUAGGCUCCCUCCCCAUAAGCCCUGCGAAGAAGACUGAGAAGGGUUUUGAACUGUUGAUAUCCUUAUCUCUCUCUCUCUCUCUCUCUCUCACACACACACACACUGAGCUUCCCCAUUUUCUCUUUCAAAUAUUCGCUCCUCCUUUCUGAAAUGGCGCUCCGGAUCAGUUGUCACCCUCUUCAUGGACUCCACAAGGAUUGUUUCCAACUUAGAGAGACACACAGCUGCAUUUUUGGUCUCACAGCCAAUAAGAUAUGUCAGAACACUAGGCUGAAAAUCAUAUGUGCAAAGAACAUGACUGCAGGACAGUCAGAUGAUGGUAAAAUAAAUUUUGACACUAUAGUAGACAAGGCAAGAAAAGUCUGGGAAAGUUCUCCCCAACCAGUCAAGACUUUCCCUUGGAACAGAGCAUUGGAAAAUUUUAUGCAACUCAUCCUGGACCUUGUCUUGGCAGUCAUCAAAUACUUAUCUGUACCUGUACUGGCAGUCUCCUCUCUUAGUGAGAUGUCAUACUGUGCUCAUGAGAGAAAGCUAUUCUUAAUACCUUUUCCAUUGCUAGUUGGUGUUACUAUUGCUGGAAUCUUAAGAGAGACAGCUGUUGAACUUUCUCCACUCCUCAAGCAUCAGGAUGCUGAAGUUCCGUGGCAUCUGAUAGCAAUGGCGAUUUUCUUCACAUUGCUCAAAUUGCCAGGGCCAUAUUACCCAUAUUGGGGGCGUAUUUUUGUUCCACACAUUGCAAAUGGGGGCCUGUUGAGUACUCUAUAUUUUGCAUUUCUAUGGUACAGAAGGCCUGGAAAGACGUCAGAAACACCCCUACCAAAAUUCUCCAUGAACGAAACGAGUGCAAACAUUUGAGCAGGUGACACUUAUAUGAAGGUGGUGAGGACAUCUAGUCAUUUGAUGGAUUGGUUACUGAGAGAACUUGAAGUUUUGACUCUUUCCUCGGACCCUUUGAAUGCUGUUCUUGAUCAGAUAGAACUAUGGAUACAACAUUGUAUUGUUGGGACGGCACAGGCAGAUCUAGAAGUGGUUAGAAUUUGCUAACGGGUGGUUCUUCCUAGAGCUGAUUGAUCAGAAUGAGAACACAGGAACACUGGAAAUUUGCAUUUUGCUUGUGCAGAGCAAUUUAAUGCUUGAUUGUUCGGUAUAUACAGUUUGAUUUUCGUGAAUUUACUGUUUGUUGUUUGCCCGGAAAUUGUCAAAAGAAACCAGAGAUCCCCUUAAACAAAGCACGUCUAAUGUAACUUUGAUAUCACAACAUCAUCUUGUAUCCAUAUUCACCCACUAAAUAUAUCACAGCAUAUAAUUCAGUU